AUGACCAGGAAGAGGUGCUGCUGGGUACUAUCCUUUCUCAUGUCUAAAAUGCCAAUUCUCAUCAUCACAACACAUCUGCUGAUUGUCAAUACCAUGACAGGUGCGGAUAGAUAUAUUGUUUUGAUAUUAAAACAAUACAAUUUUCAAGAUACUCGCUAUAAUAACAUAAUAUUGCUUAUUAUAGGACUAAAUGCCUUCCCUCCCCCUUCCCCCCGACGCCAUGACUUACAACGAAGCACAAUGGAAACACUCCACCCAGGACAGAGCCAAUUUUUACGGCUAGCUGAGCGCUGUCGCCCAACGGUUGUGUCGUAA